AGACCACCACGAGCUACUCGCCAGCUAGUAAGUACACUCGGAUCGCCGAUUCUCACGCCGGCCGAGAGAAGAUGGUGAAGCUUGUGCAGGACGAGGAGAACCAGAGGCUGCUCCUGGACGACCACAAGGAGAAGCACUUCACCUCCGGCGAGGUGGUCCGGGACAUCAUCAUCGGCGUCUCCGACGGCCUCACCGUGCCGUUCGCCCUCGCCGCCGGCCUGUCGGGCGCCAACGCGUCCUCCGCGCUCGUGCUCACCGCCGGGCUCGCCGAGGUCGCCGCCGGCGCCAUCUCCAUGGGGCUCGGAGGGUACCUCGCCGCUAAGAGCGACGCCGACCACUACUACCGCGAGCAGCAGCGCGAGCAGGACGAGAUCGACACCGUUCCCGAUACUGAGGCCGCUGAGAUCGCUGACCUACUCUCCGAGUACGGGCUGGGCCCCGAGGAGUACGGGCCCGUCGUCAACUCCCUCCGCAACAACCCCAAGGCCUGGCUCGAGUUCAUGAUGAAGUUCGAGCUGGGACUGGAGAAGCCGGACCCGCGGCGCGCGCUGACGAGCGCGGCGACGAUCGCGCUGGCGUACGUCGUCGGCGGGCUGGUGCCGCUCUCCCCGUACAUGUUCGUGCCGUCGGUGGACCGCGCCAUGCUCACCUCCGUCGUCGUCACGCUCGGCGCGCUGCUCUUCUUCGGCUACGUCAAGGGCCGCUUCACCGGGAACCGCCCCUUCCUCAGCGCCAUCCAGACCGCCGUCAUCGGCGCGCUCGCCUCCUCCGCCGCCUACGGCAUGGCCAAGGCCGUCCAGAACAUCUGACUAUGAGCCAAGAACAAAAAUAAGCGCAGCUAGCUACCUACCUGUGUGUGUAUGAAUUGUUGCUAUAUAGUCGAUUGGUAGCUGUACGUGCAGGCUCUAGUGCUCGAUCUGGUAAGUGCUGUAGUGAUGUGCGCCGAUAGUUUUUUCCUGUUCGGUCUCUCGAUCGAGGUCGAUGAUGUACACUAUGUUAGUGUAUUUUACUUUUCUUUCCAUCUGUCGCGCUAAGUAAGUACAGUGCUACUAGUGUUUGAAUCCCCGUUGAAAAAUGUAUGCACUAUUGGUAAUGUGAUGGGCUUUGAAUCA